AUGCGCCACGACACUUUUGACAUGUGGAAGCAGAGGCAGGUCAACUAUUACGGCGGCAAGUACUCCAUUCAGCGACUACUUGCUCUCGACGAGUACACCCAAAAGACUUCUCUCUGGCGAGUCGUACUGGUGUGUGCUUGCACCCCACUUCCCAUGGUCUCCCUCGUCUUCAUACAGGAGUCAAUCCCGCUCCAAAACCCUCUCGACGGCUGGAGCGCAAACUACGGGCUGUGGAUCAGAGCUGUGGUUCUCGUAUGGGAGGUGAUAAAUGGCCUGGUGGUUCAAGCAACAUACCUCAUUGACGACUUCCAUGUCACGGUGCAUCAGUUUAUCUUGCUGAGUGGGAGCGUCUCGAUUGGAGUGGCCGCCGUCACGAUGCUUACGGCGUCGAUCUUGAUCUUCCCCAUUCCGUUCUUCGUGCUAACCACAAUGCCCCUCUUUUACGGCAUUCUGAUGAUAUCGUUUCGACUGAUCAUGGGCGGUGUUGCUAGCGCAACGUCGAUUGCCGGUGUCAUGGCCAUCACGAUAACUGAUCUAACACAGACGUUUGUCAUGCUUUAUGGGCUGCAACAGCGCACUAGCAGCUUAUUGUCUCGCCUUGAGCGAGCCGUGGACAUCGGCACACCUUUCAAGGAUAGCAACAUUCUGACCACGGCUCGCUCCUUAUGCUGCAACCAGGAGAGUUACGAGUGA